AUAUAGAGGGCCUUUAGCCGUCUGCUCUUUAUAUUCUUCCUCUCAGAUCUUGAAUUCUAUCCAUUUCUCAUCUGGGUCUUGCUCAAUUGGAACCCUGCAUUGUGGGUUGAUCGGUUUUCGAUCUGUAAAAGAUCAGAAGUUCGCCACUUUAACCAUAGAUUACUCAUUUCCAAUCUAAUUAUUAGAAUCUUCAAGUUUCUGAUAAAUUCUUUGGUAAAGAUGGAAAUGGAACCUGGCAAGUUGUUCAUUGGUGGAAUUUCUUGGGAUACCAAUGAAGACAUUUUAAGAGAGUAUUUCCAGAAUUUUGGUGAAGUAGUGGAAGCUGUGAUAAUGAAGGAUCGGGCUACAGGCCGUGCCCGUGGUUUUGGCUUCAUUGUUUUUGCUGACCCUGCUAUUGCAGAAAGAGUUGUUAAGGAAAAGCACAUGAUAGAUGGGAGAAAUGUUGAGGCAAAGAAGGCUGUUCCUAGAGAUGAUCAACGAAUGCUGAACGGAAACAAUGGCAGCAUUCAGGGAUCGCCUGGUCCUGCUUGCACAAAGAAGAUAUUUGUAGGAGGUUUAGCAUCCACCGUCACAGAGAAUGACUUCAAGAACUACUUUGAUCAAUUUGGGACAAUCACUGAUAUUGUGGUCAUCUAUGACCACAACACUCACCGGCCUAGAGGUUUUGGAUUUAUCACUUAUGAUUCGGAGGAUGCCGUAGACAAAGCUAUGCACAAAACCUUCCAUGAACUCAAAGGUAAAAUGGUUGAGGUAAAGAGAGCUGUUCCCAAAGAGUUAUCACUGGGGCCAACUCGGAGCCAGUUAGGUGGGUAUGGCUAUGGUGUGGAUAGAGUCCGUAGCUCUCUUAGUGCCUACACUCCGGGAUUUAAUCCAAGCUCAGUUGGAGGCUAUGGAGUGAAAGUGGAUGGUAGAUAUAGCCCAGUUACGGUUGGUCAAAGUGGAUAUCCACCAUUUAGCCUUUCUGGUUUUGGUGUGGGACUGAAUUUUGAGUCAAGGCUGAGUCCAAAUUAUAGGGAUGGUGGAAACUUUAAUUCCGAUCUUGGCUAUGGCCAUGGCUUGAACCCUCUUUAUAGCGUGCAUUUAAAUAGGUAUGGCAGUCCCACAGGGUAUGGCGUGGGUAGUGGCAGAAGUGGUUCUGUUUUAAGUUCAACAAGUCGGAAUAUGUGGGGGAAUGGGAGUUUUAAUUAUCCUGCAAACUCUACUGAUUCCAUGGGACUUGAAAGUGGGAGUAGUGUUGGAGCUUUUGGCAGUGUUGGAGCAAUUUGGGGGUCCUCUCCUGGCUCAGGUCAAGGUGGAGGAACUGGUUCUACUUUUAGUAGCUGCAAUGUUACUUAUGGGAGUGCUGAAAACAAUCUUGGGUCGAGUGGGGGAGGCUAUGGAAGAAACAGUGUGAUUGGCAUGGCUCCAAUGUUGUCAUAUGCUGGAACAAAUGAUGUUAAUGAUAGGUCUCUUGGAAACUUCUUUAGUGGUGGUUCAUUUUAUGGGGACCCCACUUGGCGGUCAUCAUCUCCGGAGCUAGAACGCUCUGGCUCUGGCUCUUUUGCUUAUGGGUUUGGGAAUGCAGCUUCAGAUGGUACUCCUAGAAACCCCAUUGAUUUUGUUGGUAAUUAUAGUGUUACCAACAGACCAAAUAGAGGGAUUGCUGUAUAGGACAAUUACUAUGAGGAUGUAACAAGGUGGUUGCAGGUGAAAAUUAUGUGGUGAAUCAAAAUAGACUGAACCACUCACAUUCACUCAGCGAGAUACUUUGGUUUAGACGUACAUUUCAUUAUGGCUAAUUGGAGCACCUGUUUCAUAGAGCUCAAAACAGCAAGCAGUUGCAAAGGAUGUCGUGUAAGGUUUGAGCUUGAGUAGGUUUCUUUCUUGGAAUUUUGAUUGAGAUGUAAAUUGAAUUGCGGGAUAUACUCGGGAGCUAUUGUAUCAUGCAUCUCUAGGUACAUGAGAACCCACAAAAAGCAGAGUACAUUUAUUACAUUUUUCCAUUUUUUUUUCCGCUGUAAUGUCCAGCAAAUUUGCUGGUUCUUGUGAGAUAUGUUAUCUUUGUUUCCCUUCCCGGGAUUUGUUACUGGCUGGUUGUCUGAAAUGUUGCUGA